GAAUAAAUGAUUUAGGAAAAACAACUGUGGAUCAACACCAAAUUAUUACUGAAAAUACACCACCUAUUCACCAAAAAGCCUAUCAUAUGUCUCUAGCUGAAUAUGAAUUCAUUCAACAAAAACUUAAUUCUAUGUUGAAAAAUGGACUUAUAUCUCCUUCUUUUAGUCUAUGA